AGCAGCAGAAGAAGAAGAAGAAGAAAACAGCCAGCUAUGCUAACGUGUUUAAGACACAUUUUUACAGAUUUUCCUCCAUAAUAAAUAAUGUCUUUUAAACGUGAAGGCGAUGAUAAGAGUCAGUUGAACAUACUUAAGAGACGUCGUGUAGCAGAUCUGCUGUCUAGUUUCAUUCCAGAGGAUGAAGCAGCUCUUCUCAACAACGGAAGAUACACUUGCCUUGUGUGCUCCUACCGGCCUGUGUUUGAUACUGUCGACACGCUGACGGCCCACAGGAACGGGAAAAGGCAUCUGGAGGGAUUAAAAUCAUUCUACGGCAAGAAAGCACGACUGAAGAAUGAACGGACAAAAAGGCACCAUGAAAACUACGUCAAGGCAGAAGACACGAGGCAGGAACCCUCCUCUUCAGCCCCUUUACUGGAACAAACACGGAAGCUUACACAUCAUGCUCUAUUGAAGACUGUACCAUACAACAGCUGCCAUACAAAAACCAGCACGAAAUCUGAAAAGGUGCCGCCGAGCAUCGACUCCGAUCCCAGCAGCAUCUCUUCCAGCAAAACGACAACCCAACAAGAAAAAGCAUGUCGGGAAUCUGAAGUUACAAACAGUUUAUCACAAAGUACUUCUAGUGGCUCCACAGCAGCCGAUGAAGUGUCACAUCCAUCAGAAGACAUAAAAGGAGCUGAGGGAGCAGUGACACAGGAGGCGGAGCCUAUAACCGCCCAGAGGAGGAGAGAGCUGGAGCACUAUCUCAAACUGAAAAGUGACGGCUGGCUGAAGGACCGGAGCGGCCAGUGGGUGAGAGACGAGAAUGUGGAGUUUGAUUCGGACGAGGAGGAGGAGCCUACUACGCUCGCCCCGCUACCUGAGAGUCACUGAGAAAGAGCUAAGAACUGUGGGAAAACACAGAUGAACUCGUACCACAGUGGUGCAUUCAGAGGCCACAGUGCUGUUUGAAACAGUGCCGCGUGCAAAGACUUCUCUUAUAAAUAUAAUCAUCAACCUUUUAUUGGAUUCCAGGUUUUUUUCUGUGCUGAUAAAUGUAAUUUUCACACAGUCAGCUUAUUUUGUAAAUCAUAAUUUACGAUUUACAGAAUCAGAACCAACAGUAAGGAAAAAUGUCCCUCUAAUUGCUGACAGUGUUACUGUUUUUGUUACUACUUUGUAAAGCACUGUUUUACUUGCUUUGGCCAUCAUUUUAUUUAUCAUAACCCUGUAUUCACCAAAGUAGUUGGAGAAAUUGCUACAUCUGAGUCUGACUAGGCAAAAUAAAAAUAAACCAAAAGCUCAUUCAGAUAAUCUAAACCACUUAAUCUGGAGCAAAAACUGAAACUACGGCAAGUACCCUAUUAAAGUCUGUUCCAACACCCA